GUAAGCGCUCGUAUUGUCGUAUUUCAACGGAUCGAGUUAUCUCACCACACUGGCCCUGCUGGUGAAUACAAUACACUGUGGCGCAGUACGGUGGUGCAGAUCUACAAAAAUGCGAAACUGAUGCUGACAUUGGCACCUCCAACAUCAAAGAGGCGUGGAAAGUCAACUGAGCAGGCGUGUGGUUGAGCUCAGUCGGAAGCAAAGUAAUAAACGCCGUCUGGGUGGGCCCAUAACGAACAUAAAACAAUAAAAGAACCAUGUCAGGGUUUUUGGACAGCAUCCGCUGCGGAGACUGCGAGUGCAAUGUGGACUGGGGAGAGAGGCGAAACACCAUUGCAUCUAUAGCUGCUGGAGUCCUGUUCUUCACUGGUUGGUGGAUAAUCAUUGAUGCAGCUGUGAACUAUCCCGAUGAGGCAACUUUCCAUCACGCCUAUCACACCUGUGGAGUCAUCGCUACUGUGGCCUUUCUCAUGAUCAAUGCUGUCUCGAAUGGCCAGGUGAGAGGGGACAGCUACAGUGAAGGUUGCAUUGGACAGACAGGAGCUCGUGUGUGGCUCUUCAUUGGCUUCAUGCUGGCGUUCGGCUCGCUCAUCGCUUCCAUGUGGAUCUUGUUUGGAGGCUUCGUAGUGCCCAAGAAACCUGUUGUGUAUCCUGGUAUUGCGGUUUUCUUUCAAAAUGCAUUCAUUUUCUUUGGGGGCUUGGUGUUUAAAUUUGGACGCACUGAAGACUUGUGGCAAUAAUGGUUUCUCUCCUUGUUUCUGUCCACUGUCAUACUAUCUGUUCUCUUUUUCUAUGAGUCAAUGUAUGCUUUGGUCAAUCAAAACACCUACUUUCCGUCUUUCAAGCGAUACAAAAUAUUCACUUUAUAUGAUAACCUUUUUUAGCCUUUAGAUUAACAUAUGUAUGUUUAAUUUAUGAGUAGGUUGGUUGUUGUACAAAUGCACACAAAACAAUUACAAUAUAAAAAGCACAAUUUGCAAUUCAUCAUAUCUUAAUGGAAUGUUUUCUUUUCACUCAAAGUAUGGAGCCAUUCUGUUACAAUUUACCAUCUUACAUUAUUUAUAAUGGAAACCUUCAAAAACAGACUAUUUACAAUACCCAUUUAUGCACUCUAAUGAUGCAUAAAAAAAUAUUUUGCUCCAUUUGAUGAGGAAAAUGUCAUUAAGGUACAAACAUCUGAGGGGGAAAAGACAGGAGAUAUAUGGGAGUGUUAAUCUUGUAAGUAGACUUACUUACUGUACAUUUACUGAUAAGAAUUUAACCUUGAAUGUGGGCAAAAAAAAAAGUUGUACAAUAAUGUGGGGUGUGGGGUCUAUAAUUGAGUAGUUAUACUGAACCAUAAUUUGAAGGUUCGUAAAUCAAGCUGUAGUUUUAGUGUGGUUUGAUUCCUCAAGGUUUCAAUGUUUUGGCACCCAUCUCUGUUCUUUGACUAUGUAUUUGACUGUAAUGCUUAUGCAUUUUACAGUACUUGUAUAAUAACCUAACCAUGAGGUCACUUUUCUGAUCCUGAACAACCAUGGCAGCAUUAAACAGAAAAUGUACAACA